ACGAACUCGCUGCGAUCACAUGCUACGGACACCUGCAAAGGGUUGACAACGGGGUGAAAUAAUGGAACCAAAACAUCCAGGAAACAACGUGCCGAAUAAUUCCCACGGCGAGAAGGCUUGGGAUGACUAUCAAUUUGCUUCUUCUCUAAACACUGAUAGAAUCCCCUUCUGAGCCCUGUUGCCUCUUCCUAUUACUGAUCAUUAACCUCGGGGCGUUGAACCUCGGCAACUCUGCUCUUCCCCACAAGGGGGUCUCCGGACGUCUUAACGCCGCCUUCCCCAGACUGUCUCCAAACCCAACCAACGCUAUUAGACCUGAAUAAUUCUAAGUUCUAGAAAUUUGUGAUACCAGCUUGCUCUUGGAUCAACGACUCGACUUUAAAAUCGUCUUACCUUGCCUUCGCCCAAGUAUCAGUGCGGCCGGUCCAGUGGUCCACCAGUCAAUAUGCCUUUCAACACCCUUCUCACGAGGAAGCUAGGCAUCACAGUCCCUAUCGUUCAGGGAGGUAUGCAAUGGGUCGGAUACGCUGAGCUUGCUGCCGCAGUCAGCAAUGCAGGCGGCCUGGGAAUCCUCACUGCUCUCACUCAACCCACCCCCGAAGACCUCCGUAAGGAAAUUCGCAAAUGUCGAUCCAUGACCAAGAACCCCUUUGGCGUCAACCUGACCCUGCUUCCCGCCCUCGUUCCUCCCGACUACGCGGCCUACGCACAAGUGAUCAUUGACGAGGGUAUCAAGAUCGUCGAGACGGCCGGAAACAACCCAGGGCCCGUCAUCCAGCAGCUUAAGAAAGCCAACAUCAUCAUCCUCCACAAGUGCACUACCAUUCGCCACGCGAAAUCUGCCAUCAAGUUGGGCGUGGACUUUUUGUCCAUCGACGGGUUCGAAUGUGCUGGACACGUCGGUGAGAACGACAUCACCAACUUCAUUCUCCUCAGCCGGGCACGGCAGGAACUCAAGGUACCGUUCAUCGCGUCCGGUGGGUUUGCCGACGGACAGGGGUUGGCGGCGGCGAUGGCCCUCGGCGCCGAAGGCAUCAACAUGGGAACCCGCUUCAUGUGCACGGUCGAGGCGCCCAUCCAUCGCAACGUGAAGGAAGCGAUCGUCAAGGCGGACGAGACGGAUACGGCUCUGGUGAUGCGCCGCUGGAAGAACACGACCCGUCUGUACGGGAACAAGGUCUCCCAGGAGGCGCUGAAGGUGGAGCGCGAAAGCAAGACGGGUGAAUUCAGCGAGAUCGCUCCCUUUGUCAGUGGCAAACGGGGCCGCGAGGUGUUCCUGACUGGUGAUGUUGAAUUCGGUGUGUGGACUGCCGGUCAGGUCAUCGGUAUGAUUCAUGAUAUCCCGACUUGUGCUCAACUUCUCGAGCGGAUCGAGAAGGAAGCUGUGCAGGCGCUGGAUCGUGUGAGGUCGUUGCACACGGCAACAGCGCAAAGCAAGCUGUAGAACUGCUCACUGUUGACUGGUCGAAUUGAGAGCUUACAUGCGGGAUAUGUAUUACA